CUGGUUCACAUGAGGCACGACAUCCGGUUAGGUUGUCGCUGUUCAGUGUUGUCAUUUCCAAACAUGUCCAUCAUGUUCAAAGCAGAUAACUUUAUAUUUUAUCCUGAUUGUUGAUUUCAGUCACGAUGGGCAGCCUUUGUAGAGAAGUCAUCACGCUUCAGUUGGGACAUUAUUCAAACUUUGUUGGGACUCACUGGUGGAAUUUACAGGAUGCGUCUUUAUCAUACGAUCCAGAGACGCCACAAGAUGACAUCCAGAGUGAUGUCGUGUUUCGUGAAGGACAGACUCUGGGCGGACAUGUCACCCACACACCUCGCCUCAUUGCCAUGGAUCUCAAAGGAAGUCUUCGGACUCUACGGCUGGAGGGAAGUCUGUAUGACACUGGCAAAGACACCUCUGCUGUCACAUGGGAGGGAAGCCUCAUGAUGCACGAAGAAAGUCCUCCUGCGAAGAACCCCUUUCUUGAAGAUCUGGACAAGUUGGAUAAAGGGGAGAGCCUGGCUGAUGCAGAUGUUUUCUCCAGUUCCCAGCCUCGGUACUCACGUGCAGUGAGCGUGGAUACUGUGAACAGCCAGCUUGCUCGAGUUCAAAAGGGCUACAGGCUGGAGGGCAGCGUGAAGGUGUGGUCCGACUUCCUCAGGAUCCACCUGCACCCUCGCACCAUCUCCGUCAUCCACCAGUACAACCAUGACGGGGAGGCACAUCGUCUGGAGGCUUUUGGCCAGGGAGAGGCUCUCCUGCAGGGGCCGGUGCUCGAGGAGCUGGAGGAUAAACUACACUUCUUUGUAGAGGAGUGUGAUUACCUUCAGGGUUUCCAGGUUUUGUGUGACCUGGCUGAUGGCUUUGCAGGCCUGGGGUCAAAGGUCACAGAGAUGUUACAGGACUCUUAUGGCGGAAGAGGCAUCCUAACCUGGGGGUUAGCACCUGUCAGCCACCCAAAUUCAACUCCAAUGAAGGACCUCUACCACCAAUUAAACUGCACAUUAGGGACAGUCCACUUGGCCAGUAACAGCUCUUUCUUCUGCCCGUUGACCGUGCGCGGCGGACUAGGCAGACGACCCUCCUCUCCCAUAGCAUUCCCCCAUCUAACUUAUGAUCCCUCACUGUGGUACCACUCCAGCUCUGUCCUGGCUUUGGCCCUGGAUGCCCUCACUUUGCCUUACAGGCUGAGGAACAACAGCGUCCCCAUGUGGCAGGUGGCAGAUUCGCUGGCUGUAUCUGGGAGAAAGGUGGUGGCUGCUUAUGGUGCCGUCCCCUUUCCCAUGAUGCACGGCAGCUCUCUCCCUGACGCCCUGAGUGCCUGCACAGAUGCGCUGCCCUGGAAACCUCUAUCAGCGUGCUCUGAACCUGAUGAUGGUCGUUGCUACAGCCAGUGGGCGACACUCAAAGGCUUUGCGGGCCAGAGACUAGUCAGCUCCCUGGCUCCAGGGACUCAACCACCCACUCCCCUGCACAGCCUCCACAGUGGGGAAGACGUUCUGGCUUCCUACAUCAGCUCUUUCUAUCCUACAGCUCCUCUGGCUCUGCAGUUGGUGUCUACUCCCAGUAAGCUGACGCCACCUUUCCCUCAGAUAUUCAGUCAGUCCCUCGGCGCUGAGGGCUUCCUGCAGAGCCAGCCUCCCCCGCCUGGCUCUCCGGCCCCUGCGGUCUCCUCUGUACCCGUCAUGACCUCCCUCCAGUCUGGGCCUGCACUCGGCUCGUGGCUGUCUGAGCUGCAUCGUGGUGCCAGCACUUUUGACAUCCGACGUGUGGCCCCCAGCUUCCUCUCCCAGGGGCCCGAAAUGGCCGACUACCAGGAGGCCCUGGAGCAGCUGCGCCUACUGGCCCGCUGUUACCGUGACAACAGUAGUGGGGCGAUGCACUCUUCCUCAGAGGAGGAGGAUGAUGACUGACACUGGCAGUCUUAGGUCCAUAAUCUGGACAGACUGAUGACUGCUAAGCUCAGUAACAGCAGCCUGUCGGCUUUGUUUGCCAGCCCGCAUCCACUCAUACGGACACAGAGAAGAAAAGGUUGGUGAUGGACCAGGACUGAAUUACACGGUAACAGAAAGAGGCGAAAAGUUUCUCAUAAGCUGAAAUAGACUGAUAGAACUGAGCUGCAAUACGCGAUGAGGGAAUAUUAAGAAGUUAGACCUCUGCAUGUACUAUUCAGGAAGGUGAUGGAAGUAGUCAAGUUUAUUUAUAUAGCACAUUUCACACAACAGGCGUACCCUCAAUGUGCUUAAUAAAAAGCAAGCAUCACGAAACUGUAUGGAAUGUUACAUUCCCUCAAAUAACGAUUUACCUGUAAUUAAAUGUGUUUCAUAGUAAGUGUACACUAUCAAACGACUGUAUUCACAUGAAGAGAUGUAGUUGUCACACCUGUUUUAGCCACAGGCACUUGAAAGAGUUCAUAGCACAGAUGUUGACACUUUAACCAGAGUUCUCGUGAUCAUAUAGGAAGCUGCUUACCUUAUCUCAAUGCCACAGCCCAAAGUGACCAGCAGCCAGAAAAAGCAACAUACCAAUUUUAUAUUAAACAAUUUAAAGCCA